AUGGCGUCGGAACAGGAAAGUUCCAAUGGGCCCAUGAAGAAGUCCAUGAGGGAGAAGGCCAUAGAACGACGGAAUGUGAACAAAGAGCACAACAGUAACUUCAAAGCAGGAUACAUCCCCAUUGAAGAGGAGCGUCUUCAUAAAACUGGACUCAGGGGGCGGAAAGGAAACAUGGCUGUCUGCAUCAUUGUUCUUCUAUUCCUCCUCGCCUUAAUAAACCUUAUUAUAACGCUGGUGAUUUGGACUGUGAUUCGUAUUGGUCCGAAUGGCUGUGAUAGUAUGGAGUUUCAUGAGUCUGGUCUCCUUCGAUUCAAACAAAAAGCUGACAUGGGAAUCGUCCAUCCGCUUCACAAGAGCACAAUCGGAGGCCGCAAAGACAAGGACUUGGUGAUUGUGGGAAACAACAACCCAGUUGUGUUUCAACAAGGAACCACCAAACUGAGUGUAGAGAAGGACAAGACCUCUGUGGUCAGUGACGUUGGCAUUUCCUUCACAGACCCACGCUCACAAAACACCUAUUUCAGCACGGACUUUGAAAACCAUGAGUUCAAUCUGCCCAAGGGAGUGAAGGUCCUCAGUGUGAAGAAAGCCUCCACGGAAAGGAUCACCAGCAGCGCGUCCUCUGACCUGAACAUCAAAGGAGAUGGAAAGGCUAUCAUUCGCGGUAACGAGGGCGUGAACAUCAUGGGACGCACCGUGGAGUUCAAAAUGGGCGGAGGCAUCGAACUCAGGGCUGAAAACAGUAUCGUACUCAACGGCUCCGUCAUGUUCAAUGCAACUCGAAUUCCAAACUCAGCAGGAGACGUGUAUUUUGACGAGGGGCUGGAGCGCUACAAACUGUGUAUGUGUGCGGACGGGACGCUGUUCCGAGUUCAGCUAAGACAGCAAAAACACCUCAGACUUUGGAUAGGCAGAGUAGAGUGUCCCGUGUUUUCAGUGUCACAAGACUCAAUCAGGAUUGUGAUGGCCAUGUCACCAGGCCUCAGACUGGGCCAGUCCACGUCCAGGUUGAGAAGGAGCUGUGUGCUGUCGGCCCCCACCCUGCAGCUGCUGUCUGUGCAGAGGAACCAGCUCCAGAAACUCCCUCAAGGGUUGGGACAACAGCGAUCUUUACAGGUUCUUAUCAUUGCCUUCAAUACUAUUUCCACUCUGGAACAGAAAGAUUUCUUUCACCUUGAACAAUUGGAAGAGCUCGAUCUUCAACAUAACCUUAUCAGUAGUCUCCAUCCACAGAUAUUUGAGAAGCUUUACAGGCUUAAGCAUCUUGAUCUGAGCUUCAACCUGUUGACGACUAUCCACCCUGUGACAUAUAUGACUCUUCAACACAUUGGAGCAGAUGUGGCUAUAAGAGGAAACCCCUGGAUUUGUGACUGUAGAAUGUCUUUUCUACAAAGACAGAGAGUCUACGGAAACAGCAAAAGCCUGAAGAUGUGGUUCAUUGAAUGUGCUUCCCCGUUGUCUCUGUCUGUGAAGAACCUCCAGGAGUUGGAUAAAGAGCGUCUGGAUUGUCAGGAUUCAAACAUUCACCAAGAAGUGUCUGUCCAAAGAGGCUCGACAACGCAACUGCCAUGCUCUAAAUCAGACGCAGUAUGGUGGACUCCCAUUGGUCGAGCAACUAAAGGACAGCAACAAGGCUCUCUUCUUAUCAGUAACAUCACAGAACCAUCUGAAGGACUAUAUCUCCAGCAGCUCAAUCGUACGCAAGAGCCCCCAAAUUUCAGCACAAAGAUCGCCUAG